AUGAUCUAAGCAUAAAACUUUAGUUUGCAAAGUAAAUUAUUAUUGUGUGAAUUUAAUUUAAAGUUGCAAAUUGUUGUUAAAUAAUCAUAAAUAUAAAUCUGCUAUUUAUUUGUAAAAAUUAGAAAAAUGGAUUCUGAUUAGUUAGCACUCUCAAAUUUAAAAAAUAGCAUAAUGGUCAUGAGGUAAGAAAAAUAAAUUGUUUUGCAAGAUUUGUAGCAAGAUAGAAUGGACUUGUCUAGAUUGUUGAUGGCUCAAUCUAAAUUGAAUUUAUAAUUUAUGCAAUAAAAAAGACAGACUGAAGUUAAAAAAGAAAAGCUUAAAAAUUUAGAUAGAAUGCUAGGCUAAUCGAUUGAUAGUUUGCAAAAAAUUAAAGAAACUACUUAGCGUCUUUCUUAAGCGUUAGAUCAUGAAACAUCUGUUAUUAGAGAUAAAUAUUAUAAGCUGCAAGCAGAGAAUCCUUUAAGCUACUAAAAGUAGUUUUGA